AUGCAGCUCGCUCAGUUCUUGCUCAUGCUCAUGGUCGCGCUGCUGACAGUCAGCGCUUCCGCCGAGUACUGCGGCGACGGAGGGGCGGACGACGCUACCGUCGAGAUUCCCCCCAUCCAGCAGAUGGCCGCAAUGCCCAAAACCAACAAAGCGCAAGCUAAAACGCCGGAGCCCGUUGGCUUCAUGGUGCCCAUCAAGCUGCUGGCCGCGCUGCGGUCAGAAGACGAAGAGCGCGCGGGUGGCGCGACCCCCGGCGCUGCAGCUCGAGCCGUCGGCGCGAACGCGAUCCCUCUCAAUGGCCCGGUCGCGAACCCCAGCACCGACAUGAUCGUCAUCACCAAGUUCAGCAACAACGGCCUCUUUAAUCGGAUCGCGCGCUGGUGGAGGAGCUUCUUCCCCCGCGGAGGAGCCAAGAACCGCCGACUGCGCAGCGUCCAGGACGCGUGA